AUGUCUUUACUUCAUCCUUAUACGCAAUCGCAGCAGUGUGGUUUCUUCUUAGAAUCAGAGUCGAUACAAGAUGUUCUGUUGACUAGUCCAGGAGUAGUGAUUAAGCAUGUUUUGCUAUCUCGGCUAGAAAUAAGGGCCUUAGACAAACAAUUCAGUCUACUACUACAAAUAGCUGUAGCAAGCGGAGACAUCGACUUCAUAAAGCUUCUUGUUAACCGAGGGAUUAAUGCAGCAAUUAUUAGAAACCAUCAAGAAAUUGCUACGGAAUUGAUCACCCACGGAGCUGAUCCCAACUUCAUAUCGCUUCUGAAGCAACUUCUCAAUGCUGGUAGCAAGCCCGGUGAGGGACCUGCUGCUUUGCACUUGGUUGUUAAGGCAGGUAUUCUUGAGGCCACCGAGCUACUCUUACAAGCUGGAACCAAUAUAGAUACCGGAGACUCAGAUCAUACCCCGGUUUUAAUCACAGCAUGCUUCAAUGGAGACAUGAGAAUGGUGGAGGAUUAUCUAUGA